AUGCUAAGCGGCCCUUUGCUGGCUCGAACAACAAGCGUGGACAGAGAGCUGCUUGCGAAUAAGCUCCGAGCAAAUUCCGGCUCUGCAGCAGACUUGUCACGAGACCAGACGUCUGCGCAGCCGCAAUCUCAAGCUCAGCCUCAGCCCCCCGUUCCCAUCUAUGAUCCACCUGGGCCCAUCGCUGACCUAUACAAUAUCGAAUAUGUCCCGCCCAAGAAGCGCAUCGUCUCGCCGCAGCACCUCGAGCGCUUCGAAGGCUCUUCUGCCUUUGGCGAGAUCCUGGGAUUCGUUCAGUACUGCAACGAAAGCGUCGUGGGCAAGACGCUGACCAAGACGCCCAUCGACGAGAGCGAGCCUAUCAAGGCCAUUCUCGACAUCCUCUCGCAUGUGUCUGACCUCGUCAAGCAGACGCCACCAGAUACUUCGUCGAGCUCUCGAUUUGGCAAUCCCGCGUUCCGGGCCCUCUAUGCCAAGAUCAGCGAUCAGAGCAGGGAGCUUCACAAGUUGAUACCCGGUCUUCAGCGCAUCGAGGGAAAGGGCAAAGAGAAAUCGCAAGGGGAAAGCCACGACGCAAUCGAGGAGAUUCAGCGAUACUUUGUGGAAUGCUGGGGAAACCAAAAGAGGAUCGACUACGGGAGCGGAAUGGAGCUCAACUUUGUCUGCUGGCUGCUCUGUCUCGUGAAGCUCAAUAUUCUCGACCUGUCAAGGGAUGCACCAGCUCUCGUCCUGCGAGUUUUCUGGCGCUACGUCCAGGUCAUGCGCGAUAUUCAGAGCACCUACUGGCUCGAGCCCGCUGGCAGCCACGGCGUUUGGGGUCUCGACGACUACCAUUUCUUGCCCUUUUUGUGGGGAAGUGCGCAGCUCAGGGACCACAAAUACCUCCGACCCAAGGCCAUCCACGAUGCGGAGAUCCUCGAAGAGUUUUCAAAGGACUACAUGUAUUUCUCCUGCAUUCACUUUAUUAACAGCAUCAAGACCGCCUCGCUGCGAUGGCACUCGCCCAUGCUCGACGAUAUCUCAGGUGUGCGGACAUGGGCAAAGGUCAAUGAAGGCAUGAUCAAGAUGUACCGCGCCGAGGUGUUGCUCAAGCUGCCCAUCGCCCAGCACAUCUUUUUUGGCUCCCUUCUGGGCUUUCCGAGGGCAGUCGAUGGUGAGGCAGAAGACGAGUGCGAGGAAGACGGCGAGGCGCAUGAGGACGAGCACGGUCACGUUCACGCCAAGCCAAAGGAGGGGCAAGCCGCGGGCUGGGGCGACUGCUGUGGCAUACCGAUUCCGAGCGCCUUUGCGGCGGCAAAGGAGGAAAAGGAAAAGGGCGUUGGAGGGGUGGGAGUGAGGCGGAUUCCCUUUGAUUGA